AUGAAUCAUCAAAAUAUACAGUCGCCCACCGCCGGGAAUGGAUCCGCUGUUCAACCGAGCUGUCAGGGUUGUAAGCGACGCAAACUUCGUUGUGAUAGAGAACCCACAUGCAAUCAUUGCCAGCGGCUAGAUUCGCCAUGCGUUUAUGAUCUAAAGAGGGCCAAACCUGGCGUCAAGACCGGUGUGAUAGAAGGGCUCAAUCGCAGAGUUGAGGCUCUCGAAAGUACAGUAUUUCAAGGCUCGGGCACCAAUAAUUCAACCGACUCAGUCAAUUCAUCACAAAUCAUUGGAGCAUUCUCGAGCCUUAUACAAGAACUUCGUGGCUUGAUAUCCAAUGCUGGCGUUUCGCUGCCAUCACAGGCUGUCAACAACCCUUCAGUUCCUCAACACGCAACACCUGGAACAGUUUCCCUCUCAUCCCCAAAUGAUGUCCAGCAGCACCCCCGGAAGAGGAGAAGAGUCGACAGCUGUGGCAAUCCAAACAUAGAGCUGGCCAGUCAGCUCGGCGAGCUGGGAAGUACGACAAGCCAACUGCCACCACCGGAGCUGCUUGAAGAAGUUAUCAACGCAUAUUUCAUUCUGGUCCAGCCAUGGAUACCAAUCCUACAUGAGACUCGUUUUAGGAGUCGUUUUUAUAACCAUGAGCAAUUACCAUGCCUCACUGUACUUUUGCAUGCUAUAGUGGUUGCUGCCAUUCGCUUCGUGGACUCCAGUAGCGAGGAGCUGUCUGAGAAAGAGACUGAGGCAUGGAUAUACAAAUCCAGAAGCAUAGUUCUCCUGUCCGGCAUGGACGGGAUGUCGGUCGAGAACUUACAAGCUCUGAGUAUAAUAGCGUUUACGGAUAUGGGCAAUGGAGAUAUGCAUCGGGCUUGGCCUAUCAUAGGCUCGCUCACGAGGACAGUCGAAUAUCUUCAGCUCAGUGUCGAGUUUGACGAUCGACAACAAGGACCUCUUCUGAAACCAUUUACGUCCUUAUUGCCAUCCCAGAACUGGACACAGGAAGAAGAACGAAGACGAGUCUUUUGGAGCAUAUUUAACUUGGAUAGGCUCUGUUCUGUCAUGACUGGAUGGAACACAAGCUUGACAUCGGAUGACGUUCGUAGAAGACUUCCUGCCGAUGGUGGUCUUUGGCAUAAGGAAGAGACAGUAUUGACGCCCUACUUUGGUAUCUGGCCCCGAUCUCUGGCAAAGAUGGGUAGCUCGAUCGUUUUUCUUCCAGCUCACUAUCCGAGUCCUGAGCAGGUUACAGAAGCACCGCCGGAAACGCCAUCGACCAACACUACGGCGUCCAAAAGGAAUGAAACAGUCGAUAUGACCACUGUGGGCGCUUUCGCAUAUUGUAUUGAAGCAACCGAGUCGUUGAGUCGGGUUACUACUUACUUUCUCCAGCAGAGAAUCAAUUUCAAAGAUCGCCAAGAGGUCGGGAAUUGGCUUACCAGGUUUAAGGAAUUAGAUCUUCGCCUUGUUCAUUGGAAAAUGUUCCUGCCUCAAAAGUGGAAAGACUCCAACAUCUCUCGACGACCAACAAUCAUCAACAUGGAUCCGAACCUCACACUUGCCCAUAUCACGCAUAAUACCUCGAUGAUUUUGUUACACCAACAAAUAGCAUAUCCAGCACCGCAGUGGACAAGCAUUGUUAGAAUGCCCAGUGCCCAUAGUGCCGAAACAUGUCAAGUCGCUGCGGCGGAAACAACAACAAUUACACGAAAGUAUCUCAAGUACACUCCAGGAAAUAGUCCAGUGAACAGCCAAUUUGCUUUUUGCGUCUUUGUUAGUGCUCGGGCGCUGCUCGUUCACUGGAGAUACUACAAGACUGUGUUGGCUCAGGAGUUCUGGGUUUUGAUUGAGAGUCUUGAUGAUUUUGCCAAACGCUGGGCUGGUCCAAUAUCCAAAGAAAAGCCCAAAAGCUCGCUCGCCGGGAGAUACAGCACUCAGCUACGUGCUCUUUAUCAAAAGUGCACAGAGAAUCCAGAUUACUCACCCGAUGUGAUUGGUUAUUCCGCCGACGGCUUCGUUGAUCAGAACUCUGCUCAGACUCCUCAGGGACGUGAUCUUACUCGACAUAGCACUCAGAGCGAGGACUCGACGGCCGCAAGAGCUUGGCAGACAUCGUUCGAUACAAGGCCGACGGAUACUGGACUACCUUUCGAUCCCGCGCAGACACAGAUUUCAAAUGAGCAGCUCAACUUCCUGCCUCAAAUAUCACCUACGAAUCCCGACCUGGAGCACAAUUCUCCAGACGAAUUAUCUGCUAUUUCUACUGUUCUCAUGGAUCAGGACUUUAUGCAGUUGGAUCGGGUGAUUAGUUUUGACGAAAUGAUGUUUACAGCACAGACUAUCGACGAUCAAGGAGCUGCUUUUCCUGUGGAUAAUUGGACUUUGGGUUAA